CAAAUGCAAAAAAAGCAGACAACAAGAAUAUCGACAACAACAACAACAACAACAAAGUAUUAAACUGCGGUGUUUGGCGUUUAUGCAUAUUCUUCAAAAUUCUAAAUUUCAACGAAGAAGAAAGCGUGUAAAACUUAAAGAAAAUCAACUACGAAAUCUCGGCGAAUCGAUAAGCAACUUAGCAAAAAGUCUAUCGACAACACCAACAACAACAAGAAUCACACGCUACAACUCUGGCAGCGCUCUCCGGCUAUUGAAAACAAAACAUUCUCUCUCUCGCACACACACACACACACACACACACACUCACGGGCACUCUCUCUCAAAAGCAAACUUGACGAAAUAUUUGCAACCAACUGGACCAAUUACAUUUUUAUCGAUAACACAUUAAGAUAAACGAUAUAAAAGCAAACAAGAAGAAGCAGCAUAAAAAAUGAUCACAAUUUGAACAAUUUCUUUGGGCAACAAUUCUUUCGAGCUCGAAACAAAAGAACAAAACACAAAAGUCACAAAAAAACAAUAACCAAAAACCAAAAGCAAGAAAACAUUAAAAAACGGUUAUUUUUCGGACAGCAGUGUUGUACAACGUGCUACGCAACAGUUUUCGGAGUGCAAAAAGUGAAAAAAAAAAAGAAAUUCAAAUAAAAUCAAGCAAAAUAAGGCGAAUCAAGCAUCAAAUAAAAACAAAUUCAAACCAAAAGCGACAUAAUUAACCACAAGAACAACAACAACAACAACAACGUCAACAGCAAACGCAACAACAACAACAACAACCAACGACGACGGCCCAAAAACAACAACAAAAAAACAAAUCAAUUGAAAAUUGAAACUUAUGGAUUGCUGGACGGGUAACGCCCGACUGGCGAGUGUUUUAGUUUAAGCAGCGUAAGCUGUCACCGACAUGGGCAGUGAGCAAUACUGCUUGAGGUGGAACAAUCAUCAAUCCAACCUGUUAGGGGUGUUUAGUCAAUUAUUACAGGACGGGAGCCUGGUGGACGUUACAUUAGCUUGUUCAGGGGGCCCAUCCAUCAGAGCCCAUAAGGUGGUCCUCUCGGCCUGCUCCUCGUAUUUCCAGAGCCUGUUUCUGCAGCACUCCGAUCCACAUCCAAUUGUGAUACUGAAGGACGUCCGUUUUGCCGAGCUGCAAACUCUAGUUGAAUUCAUGUACAAGGGCGAAGUGAACGUGCAAUAUUGUCAGUUGCCAGCGCUGCUCAAGACGGCCGAAUCACUCAAGGUUAAAGGCCUAGCCGAGAUGACAAAUCAGAAUACGACGCUGCGGGAGCCCGAACGGGAACCGGAUCGUCUGCGUCCCCAUUCGCAGGCCAGCGGCGGCGCAGGCGCCAGCAAGGCGGCCGACAGUCCAGCGGCUGCGGCCCUGGAUGCCACAGCAGCAGCGUCCGCACCCAGCUCAACAACAGCGACAACAGCAGCAGCAGCAGCGGCGGCAGCGGCAGCGGCAGCAGCUGCGGACAACAUAGCGACAGCAGCUGCUUCCACAAGCAGCAGUACAGCAGCAGCAGCAGCAGCAGCGGCAGCAGGAGCGGCAACAACAACAGCAGCAACAACAGCAACAGCAGCAACAACAACAACCACAGCAACAACAGCCGGAUCGGGCUCAACGCCAGCGACCUCAGCGACUGAGGCGUCGGCGUCGGCGACGUCAGCGUCAAAGCGUGAGGCAAGCGAACGCUGCAGCCCAACGCCGCCGAAGCGGCCAGCGAGCAGCAGCACAGCGGCCAUUGAGCUGCUGGAGGAUGAGGACGAUGAGGAUGACGAUGAUGAUGAUGAUGAGGAGGAGGAAGAGCUGCUGGAGGAGGAGCUGGAGGAGGAAACACCUAUGCCGCUAGAUCUCUAUCAAAGACCCGCCGUCGCGUCCGCUGAGCCACAGGCUAUGCCGCCAGAGAGCGCCGCGAGCAGCCACAACAACAACAACAACAACAACAAUAACAACAACAGCAGCAGCAAUAGCAACAACAACAACAACAGCCACAACAACAACAACAGCAGCAACAACAACAACAAUAACAACAGCAGCAGCAACAACCAAAUGAAGGCCACAUGCUCCUCCUCAACCGCAGGAUCACCCAGCGGCAGCAACGGCGACUGCGCCGCAAACGCAACGCCCGAGCCGAGCAGCCAUGUCGUGGCCGUCGACGAUGAUGACGAUGACGAUGAGCCGAACGACAACGACAAUGAUAUGGAUGAUACCGACGAGCAUGUGGUUGUUGUGGAUCGCUCCAGCGCGGCAGCAGCAGCAGCAGCGCGUGAUAUUGCGCAACGCAUCGCGCAUCAUAGCGCGCGGCGGGCGCAUGGCGAGGACGAGGAUGAGGACGACGAAGAGGAUGAUGAUAUGGAGCUGCCGGCGGCGCACGAGACGCUGCUGCACUCGCCAGGCGGCGUUGUUGUCGGCGGUCUGCAGCCGAAGACCGAAGUGCUCGACGACGAAUACGACGACGAAAUGGAUCUGGACGAUGACGAUGAGGCGGACAACAGCAGCAACGAUAUGGGCCUCAACAUGAAGAUGAGCAGCGGCGGUGUCGAUCUCUCCACGGGCUCCACCGUUAUACCAUCGCCGCUGAUGACCAUGCCCUCAUCGUCGGCAGCAGCAGCCGCGGCAGCCGCAGCCGCCGCAGCGGCCGCUAUGGAAUCGGCCCGCUCCACGCCCGGCGCCGGCGCCUCCGAUCUAAGUCUAUCGAUGGCACAGUCGGGGCAUCCAGCGUCGCGUUCAUCCCGCGACGGCAGCAACGUCGCCGACGGACGCUCCAGCAGCCUAAUGAAUCCCGGCUCCGUAGCCGGUCUCUUGCCAGUGCAAUCGGUGCCAUUGAGCCUCAAGAAAGAGAUCGAUUGCAGUGAGGAUGAUAACAGCAGUCACAGUAGACACAUGCAACCGCGUUCGGCAUCAGCUGGCGGCGGACUGGGCGGCGACCUUGACUACCGCGCCUCGCACGAGUCGCUGCUGCGCAACUUUGGCUCACCGAUGAGCGCAAUGACCGCCAACCGGUGCCCCACACCGUUCGCGUUUCCGUUCUCGCCGCUCGGCCUGAGCCUAUUCGACAUUGAUCCGUCCAGAAUACUGAACCUGCUGCACCACCAGACCUGGCUGGCCGAAGAGGCAUUGCGUACGCGCGGCCUGCUGAGCGCACCCAAGGAUUUUCCUCAUCGCUUUACCACGCUAAGCGAUCUGCUUACCAAGGACUAUCAGCCAACUGGUGCCGGCUACGCGGCCAAGCAGCCACAGUCCACAACGAACCGUUCCAGCGAUGCACAGUACAAACAGCAACAGCAGCAGCAGCAACAGCCACAACAACAACAACAACAACAACAGCAGCAGCAAUCGCAGCAGCAGCAGCAGCCGCAGCCUCAUGCCGCCUUUGGUAUGCGCUAUGCCACGCCCACAGGCUUUUUUGCCCAAUCGAAAAGCGGAAAAUCCGCAGGCGCUCCCUCGCCCCAGCAAAUGGCCAGCUCGUCGAACAUGGCAGCGGAAUCGCAGCUGGACAGCCAAGCGGCGGACAACGAUGAUGUGACCAUUGUGGAGCUGGGCAGCGAGCGCAGCGUGGUCACGCCCAACAGCAGUGCCCUGCUCUACAAGGAGUCGCUGGAGCAGCUAUUGGCCCAACAGCAGCAGCAUCAGCAACAGCAGCAGCAGCAGCAACAGCAGCAGCGAAGGCGCGCAGCCAACAACAGCACGCCAAGUGCGGGAACUGCAGCUGGAGCUGGAGCCGUGGUUGGGGCUGGAGGCGUCAUUGUGGAUGCGAGUGGCUUGCGGCAGUAUACGCAGCUGCUGCUGUCCGGCGCCGGCACGCCAGUUAGCUGCACGGACACGUCGAGCAGCUGCAAGGAGAAGAGCUCCUCGUCGUCUACCUCAUCGACGCCGCCGCCAAGCGGCGCUCUGCUCGCCCAGCAUCAGCAGCUGAGCCAAAUGCUGAAGAGUCCAUCGGACACGUGCUCCUCGCUGUUCAGCGAGCCCAUCGAGGAGGAGACACGCUGUGUCGUUUGCAAUGCCCACUUCCCGAAUGUCUGGCUGCUGGAGCAGCAUGCGGCACUGCAGCAUCCGCACAUUGGGCCCGGCGAGGAGAAGCCCUUCAUAUGCGAGCAGUGCGGCCAGUCGUAUCGCUAUCGCAGCGCCUAUGCCAAGCACAAGGAGCAGAACCAUCGCGCCCGCCUCCCCGCCGACAAGCUCUUCACCUGCGACGUGUGCGGCAUGCAGUUCCGCUAUCUCAAGAGCUUUAAGAAGCAUCGCCUCAAUCAUGCGCUCGAGCGCCUCCAUGGCAAGAAAAGCAUUGGCGCCGGUGUCGGCGUCGGUGUCGGCGUCGGCGUUGGCGUUAACGUGGGCGUGGCAGCGGCACGCAUGAUUAGCGGCACAGCGUCAUCGGCAGCAACAUCCGCACAGCUGGAUCAGGAUGUGGUGACCAGCUCGCAGGAGCCGAUGCUCGCCGACGAGGGCGAGGACCUGCGCAUCAACGUAAAGCGCGAGGGCGACGAGUCAGCCGCUGCCGGCCAGCAGGAGGCCGCCAGCGAGGAGCACGAACAGGACAACACAAUCGAUUCGGCCGGCAUCACGAUGCUCUACAAUGACAACAACUCAUCGGCUUCGGCCUCCACCAGCGCCACGGAGCCGAAUAUCAGCAGCUCGGACGGCAUACAUAGUACAAACAAGCGGUCACGCCUGUUGAACAGCGCACACCACUUGGAAACGGAUCCCUCCUAUCAUCAUCAGCAACACCAUCAACAUCAUCAACAACAACACCAUCACCACCAACAGCAGCAGUCGCAGUCGCAGUCACAGCAGCUGCCUCCACAUCUGGCGCACGUCUCACUGCCAAUGGCCAGCGCCGCCGCCGGGUCAUCCUCGGCCGCGGCAGCCGCUGCGGCUGCUGCAGCCGGUUGCAAUACCAGCCCCAGCGCUGGCACAGCUAGCACUGCCAACAGCGGCGUGGGCGGGAGCGGCAUCAGUUCGCUUAGUUCGCUGACAUCGCUGAUCAACGCGGAACGCAUACCCAAUGAGCAGUUCCUGGGCCUCAAUCCGCAGGAGGCUUCAAUACUCAAUUUUUUGCGAGUCGAUGCCGCCGAGCGACAGCGGGACAAGCGACCCGCCACCUCGCGCUUCGCCUGCCCCUUUUGCGGCAAGUGCGUGCGCUCCAAGGAGAACCUCAAGCUGCACGUGCGCAAACACACCGGCGAGCGUCCGUUCGUCUGCCUGUUCUGCGGUCGCGCCUUUGGCGGCAAGUCGGACCUGACCCGCCAUCUGCGCAUCCACACCGGCGAGCGGCCGUAUCACUGCGAGUCUUGCGGCAAGUGCUUCGCCCGGGCGGAUUAUCUAUCCAAGCAUUUGACCACCCACAUACACAAUGCGCCGCGCUGAGAUGAGGCGCGUAGGAGGCGUCUCCUACGCAGAUAAGCCAACAAACACACACCCACACACACCCACACACACGCACACGCACACAUACACUACACAGACAACACACUCAAACACCCAAGAGGCAUACAUUACAGGAAACAUAUGCAAAUUUAUGUAUAGAUCUAUUAUUACUACCAUUAUUAUUAGAAUUACAAUAUGAGAAGGCAA